GGAAGAUUCGUUGUCGACCGUCAUAGUCCAAAAUGAUCAACUCGGAUGCUUGGACACGCGGAAUGCUCUUCCUGUCGCUCGCAGUGAUGGGCGUUCCGGGCAACGGCGCUGUCAUCUGUGCUUUCCUCUCUGCGAUGUAUCACGAGGGUCAUCUCUUACCUGCUGAUGCCAUCGUGCUGCACCUGGCAUCUGUCAACAUUACGGUGGUGGGCGUGCGCUGCCUGCUGGAGGUUCUCGCCACUUUCGAGAUCUACAACGUGUUCGACGAUGUCGGCUGCAAAGCCGUCAUCUUCAUAUACCGCACUUCCAGAUCUUUGUCCAUCUGGUUGACGUUCGUUCUGAGUGCAUAUCAGUGCUUGAGCAUCGCUCCGCCCGGGUCACGCUGGGCUAACGCCCGUGUUCUGGUAGCUCGAUACCUGGGGGCCAUUUUCCUGGCAUUAUGGUUGAUCAACACCUCCAUGAGCGUCGCUCCCCUUCUGUUUGCCAUAGGUGCCAAGAACGACUCCAAACUCAUACAGAACGGAAUCAACGUGGAGUUUUGCUUCCUGGCCUUUCCGUCCAAGAUCUCUCGGGACGCCAACGGCGGUGCCCAGGUAGGAAGAGAUGUGGUGCCCAUGACGUUGAUGGCAAUGGCCAGCCUCAUCAUUCUGGUCUUCUUAUAUCGCCACAGCCAGCAGGUGAAGGGUUUACGGAGCGGCGGAGCGGUCACGGCCGGCAGGCAGGGCCAGUCUGCUGAACGGCGGGCGGCUAUCACCGUGGUCACCUUAGUAACGCUGUAUGUGUUGUUUUAUGGGGUAGAUAACGGGCUGUGGGUUUACACGCUGACAGUUCAGCAGACUAUGGGUUCAUCGCUGAUCUCGGACAUAAGAAUUUUCUUUGCGUCUUUGUACGCGGCCGUAAGUCCCAUCAUCAUCAUCAUCUCCAACAGGAAGGUGAACAGACAGCUGGUGUGUGGGAACCGGCUGAUAACACUUUCUGACCCCAUACAGCCCAAAGUCUGAUGCAUCACAGCUUAUCUUGAACUAAAACACUACAACAGGUGUGAUGAAGUCAAAGAGUAAAAGACAAACCUGUUUCUGUUAUAGACCCUUUUAAUGUUUGUACACAAUGAUGACGUGGCAGCGUAUGUGUGCGCCAUUUGGCAAGAAUCAGCAGUGAAGCAACACAGACAGAGAAAAUUAUUUUAAUAAGUUAACUUUAGCAACUUUUUCCAACACAUCUACCAAAUCCGUGUACUAUAGUGGAGUGGAUAGAAGAUGUUAGCAGAUGGCCAAAUAUAAAGUUGCCAGAUGCAUAUAUGUAUAUGAGUAUAUUAUAUUAGUGCAACCAAACGCAACAACCAGACAUUUUGAUGCUGGGAAACCCUUUUAAUAAACUUUCUGAGUUGCUAACAUGUUAGAACCAAUGGGGAAUAACACCACUUCUGUUGCCUAAAUGCACACGCAUGCUAUUUGAUCACGUGAGCUGUAAAAGGGUCUAUAAUGAAUAAAUGUCUCACAAAAAACAUGUUGCAUAUAUUAGCACAUUUCUUUUCAUUGGUCUUUGAUAAGGUAUGAGCUGUGUUACAUAUUCUUUGAAAAUACUUAAAGAUGUUAGUUUUUGCUUUUCUCCGACCUAAAUUCAUGUUUCUUGAUAUAUUUUUGCAAUAAAUUUUGAAGGUGUUUUUGGGGAACUUUGAAGUCAGCUCUCCACACAGGUGUCCUGCAGGAGAAUCACAGGUGUGUAAAUCAGCUCUGUGUUAUAAGAGUUUUCUUCAUUAUUUUCACACUACAGUCUUUAUUAUAACACAUUUUGUUUUAUCUUUUUGUCAAGCAUUAUAGGUGUUAAAAUGUACAUUUUUUUUUUGCCAGAUUAAAAAGGUGAAUAUAUGACCAUAUUGCAUGUCCAAAUACUUUCUUGGAUGAGUGAAUGUGUUUGUUCUCUAAAGGGUCGUACUGGAUGUUUAAGUGCAGUGUAUCGAUUUAUUGCAGGCUGUGUGCUGUAAGAAAAAGUGACAAGUAGAUGCAUACCUACUCAAAUCAUAUUUAUUUACAGACUUUUUUUUAUUGUAAUUCAGAGUUUUACAUUCUUUGUGACACUGAUAAAUGAUGUCAGGUUAGAAGACAAGAGACGUGACAAUGUUAUUAGAGAAGACACAUCAUGUGUUUGAAGACUCCUUCAUGUUGGGUUUUAUCA